AUGCCAAAGAUUGCACAUCAGUCUCUUUCGGAAAGGCUCAUUACACUUGUCAAGCAUCCACAAUUUACUUGGUGGUGUGGACAUCUUAUUAUGCUAUUUUGUACAUUUUUUUAUUGUUUUAAUUGGAUCACUUUUAAUAGUGAACGGGCAGCUUCCUAUUACUACAUAGCAUAUUUGGGUUCUAUGUUAAGUUAUGGCGUGGUUGUUUAUAAAGUAUCUGGUGUAACAUUAAAUUGGUACUUCAAUACACCAGUUACAGUUACACUUUUUCCAUACGCAACAUUUUCUUUAUUCCAUUUUGUAACGUAUCUACGUCUAAAUAUUCUUACAACAUUUUUCCCACCACCAUCAACACCUCCUCAAUCAUCUCCAUCUCAACCCAGAGCAUUAUCGAUCACACCUGCUCAUCAAUGGGCAAUUGAUUUGUCGAAAUGGAUUUCUCUCUGGGUCCAAAAUAAUCAUGAUCCUGCAAUGAAAUAUGUCAGUCUUGUUGAAGUGGUUGUAAUUCCUUUGACUUUACUUUGGAAUGUCAUAACUAAAUAUACGAAACAAACAUUUAAUGAUGUUGGUGGCUACUUGGACAACAAAUUAUUACCACCAACUGCCAGCAAGAAGAUUCCACCUUAUGUAACAUCAACUUAUAAAAAGUUGAGAGCUUUCAUUAUCGGAGCUGGUCAAUACAGUCCCCAGCAUUCUGUUAAUACGAGACAACAUCAACAGUAA